AUGUGUUCCGAAGAAGACCAGAUCACCGCUGCCAAAUCAGCAUUUGUGUCCAACGUCAAGGCCGCCGAAGACUCCCGCGUAUAUGCGCUACAGCGUGCAGAGCUCCUCAAGAACGAGAGCAAGGUCGCAUGGGAUGCUCCUGCAAAGCUGAGUGCAUCCGAAAAUGAACGACUCGCCGGAGCCAUCAUCCUGAAGAUUCGUGAGCAUGAGCGCAUUGAUCCCGAACUGUUCGGCAAUGUCCCGGGCGAAGCAGUCCCUGGCUCAAACACUCGCGACAUGGGCGGUCGAUUCCUCGUUUGCAAGGAUCGAAUCGCGAAAAGCAGAAUAUUUAACAUCUGCGAGGCGAUGCCCAAAGGCGCACACCUCCACCUUCAUUUCAAUUCCGAGUUACCACCAGAAAGACUCUUGCCGUUCGCGCGGCGACCGGAAAUGCACGACACCAUGUUCAUCCGGAGCACUAUACCCCUUUUGACCGCACAAGAUUUCGCAGAUGCAGAAGUCGUGUUUAGUGUCCUACCAAAAGAGACCAAACAAGGCAAUCUGUUCCAAGCAGACUACAACCCUAACUGGAGAGAUGCCGAUAGUGGCUCAUGGAUGCGCUGGGUCGACUUCCAGGAGCAAUUUCCUCCGCAUGUCAAGACUGAGAAAUCAAUCGGCGAUCUCGGGUAUGAGGGCGAAGGCAAGCUCACAACUGCUGCAGAAUGCUACGUGCGCGACAAGAUGGCUAUCACUGUCGAACUGGCAUACCACGAUCGUCAGACGACCAAUGGCGCCUGGGCGUGCUUCAAUCAAGGCACACGAGCCUUCAAGGGACUUCUGAAUUACGAGGGUGUCUACCGUUGGUACAUUGGCCACAUGAUCGACAGCAUGAUUCGUGACAAAGUCAUGUACGCUGAGUUGCGACCCAUGUUGAUGGACAAAUUCAUCCCAUCAAACGAUGGCAAAUCCCAGCUUGACCACAAGGCACAGAUGAAGAUCAUCUGCGAGGAAGUCGAGAAGAAGCAACAGACGCUGAAGGAGCAAGGCCGACUCGAUCUAUUUCCUUUCGGUCUCAAGAUCAUAUAUUGCACACCCAGGAGCAUCCCACGCGAGCGUAUGCAGAUCGAGCUACAAGAUUGCCUCAAGUUGAAAUUACAAUACCCCGACCUGAUCUGCGGCUUCGACUUGGUGGGCGCCGAGGAUCGCCCCAACCACAUCGGUUUCUACGCCGACAUGCUCGUCGCCUUCACCGAGACAUGCAAGCAGCUGAAUGUCUCCAUCCCCUUCAUGUUCCACGCCGGAGAGACGCUCAUCGACACUGGGGGCUCCCACAACCCGGACAACAGCAAUCUCUACGACUCGCUGCUGCUCAACGCCAAGCGUAUUGGUCAUGGAUACUCCCUCCUUAAGCACCCCAUGCUCGUGGAGAAGUACAAACAACAAAACAUUUGCCUAGAACUAUGUCCGAUCUCCAACGAACUCCUACACCUGUGCACCAAUGCGCGACAACACAUCUUCCCCGAGCUUCUCGCGGCCGGUCUCCACUGCACUUUAAACGCAGACAACCCUUCACUAUUCAGCUCAUCACUGUCCCACGAAUUCUACCAGGUCAUGGUCGGUGAUCCGCGCAUGACCAUCCACGGCUGGCGCCAACUGGUCGAGUGGAGCCUCGAGCACAGCUGCCUGACCGAGGCGCAGCACCAACAAGCCAAGGACAUCUUCGCUCGGGACUGGGAGAAGUUCUGUGCCUCGGUGGUCCGCGACCACGGGGACUACGCCAAAACCUUGAAAGACCUCAUUUGA